CUUACUCCCUCGAUUUAUGAGCCAACACUUGGUGAGCAAGUUAUGCCUUUUUGGAGGUGGACCCCAUUUGCACAAACAAAGUUACUCAGACUCACUUCACCACCCAAAUUCUAGAAUCUUCUUCAAUUGCUUCCUUCUGCAGUUCAAUAAUGGGUGUUGAAGCUAGCAAAUCUACUAACAAGUUAGGGUUUUCUCAAGACUCCAAAUCGCGGUCGUUGAAUUUGAAAAAAUGUAGCAGUAAGUUUGAUGAAUCUGUUCAGAAGAUGCCUACUGCAUUGUUAGUCAAGAGGGCUUUUCAUGACAAUAAUCCGUUGAACGUUUCGUGUAAGAAAUCGAAGGUGACUAUAGAUGGCAAAGUAGGAGGAGAAGAAGGGAGAGUGGAAGAAGAAGUUGAUGAGGAAGAAGUGGAAGUUGAAGAGGAGGAAGAAGAAGUUGAAGAAGAAGUUAAAGAGGAAGUGGAAGAAGGAGGAGGAGGAGAAAAAGAAGAGGAAGAAUAUUUAGAAAGCGGAGUGAAGGAGAUUGAAUCGAAAGAAGAAGUUGAAGAAGAAAUGGAUGUUGAAGAUGGGGAAGUGGAAGAAGAAGUUGAAGAGGAAGAAGAAGUGGAAGUUGAAGAAGAGGAAGUGGAAGAAGAAUUUGAAGAGGAAGAAGUUGAAGAAGAAGUGGAAGAAGUGGAAGUGGAAGAAGGAGAAGGAGGAGAAAAAGAAGAGGAAGAAUAUUUACAAAGCGGAGUGAAGGAGAUUGAAUCGAAAGAAGAAGUUGAAGAGGAAGAAGAAGAAGUUGAAGAAGAAAUGGAUGUUGAAGAGGAAGGAGAAGAAGAAGUGGAAGUUGAAGAAGUCGAAGAGGAAGAAGGUGGAGAAGUAGUAGAAGGAGAAAUUGAAGAAGGAGGAGGAGGAGAAAUAGUAGAAGGAGAAGGAGAAAAAGAAGGACAUUUAGAAAGCGAGGUGAACGAGAUUGAAUCGAAAGAGAAGGAAUUUGAAGGACAAGCAACAGAGCUAGAGUCAAAAGAGAAGCUUUUUCAAAGCCGAUUGAAGGAACUGGAGUUCAAAGAGAACCAACUUGAAUGCCGAGUGAAAGAGCUUGAAUUAGAAAAGAUGCAUUUUGAAGGACGAGUGAAGGUACUCGAGUCUAAAGAAAAACAACUUGAAAUCCGAAUGGAGGAGUUUGAAUCAAAACGGGUUGUAUUUGAAGACCAAGUGAAGGAGCUCAGUACAAAAAGGGAGCAUUUUGAAGGCUGGGUGAAAGAGCUCGGUACAAAGCAUAAGCUUUUUGAAAGUCAGGUGAAGCAACAUGAAGGACAAGUGAAGAUGUUUCAAUCAAAGGAGGAGGAAUUUAAUGGCCGAGUGAGAGAAUUUGAAUCAAAAGAGAAGGACUUUGAAGGUCGGGUGAGGGAGUUUCAAUCAAAAGAGAAGGACUUUGAAGAGGCGAGGAAGUUUGAAGUGAAGCGGUUGGAAGUGCAAAUGGAGGAUCUAAAGUCAAAAGAGAAUCAGUGUGAAGGACAAGCAAAAGAGCUUGAGUUAAUAGAUAGUCACUAUGAAGCAUUAAUAAAAUUAUCUGAAGAGGAAAUUGAAUCAGAUGAUCAAUCAAGUCUUACCAUUGAUGGAAGAAGCUUGAAGUUGCUCCCAAGUGACCGAACUGAAAUUCUAGAUAAUCUGCAAGGAUUAUCAGAUCCAUCAAAAGUUGUUUUGGAUAUAAUACAGAACCCCAUUUUUAGGAUGGGAGACAAUGCUGUGAUUAUCGGUGAUAGCCACAUCCUUCUGCUCGAACAACUGAUGAGAAUCUCGCCGCAUAUUGAACCGCAUGUAAGAGAAGAAGCAAUGAAGCUAGCACUUCAUUUGAAAUCUAACAUAAGUGAAAAUACUGAAAAUUCGGUGGUGGUUGUUGGUUUUCUACUCCUUUUGUCGAUUUAUGGAUUGGCUCCUUCUUUCGAUGAAGAUGAAGUUUAUAAGCUUUUUGGAUUUGCUGCUCAGCACAAGAUAACUGUAGAGCUUUUUGGAACUCUGGGUUUUGCAGAUAAAGCUUCUGAUUUUGUUCAGACUCUUAUCAUGAAGAAGCAACAUAUUGAAGCUGCUAGAUUUGUUCGUGCUUAUAUAAUGCCGACAAGAAUCAAACCGAAGAUCUCUUGCAUCCAAGAAAACCAACUCCAUUGAAAUCAAGGACCUUUCUCCAAAUGUUCAAUGUGCUCAACGCGUAAAUGAACUAGCAGGAAUCUCUCUCUAUUGAUCUAUGUAAAAUGCAUGUUAUUGUUAGAAAGAAUGAAAACUCGAGAAGAUUCUCAAAUAGGGUUAUCUCAAUUUUGUUAGUCCCUGGUCUUUCUUUCUCUUGUACUUGGCAUCUUUUUUUUUUUUGUGUGUGUGUGUGUAUAGGCUUAACUAUGACAUCAAAACUCCAGAGAAGAUUCUAAACUUACUCGUUUAUCCCAUCAAAAUCAAUCGGUUGACCCAGAUAUCACACCGGUUUGACCUCUGGUCUGGUUCUUAAAACAUUGGAUGAACAAAUGUCCAUCAAUUAAAAGUUGUUAAUA